AUGCUUUCUUUCUUAUUUAUUGUUUGUUGUUUAUUCUCAUUUGUUAAUUGUCGUAUACAUAAUCUUGAUAUAAUUGAUGACAAUCGUCAACAAAUUUUAUUGAGUACAUUUGGUUUUCUUCGUGGUGGUACAAUGAAUAUCAAUGUUACAGAUUUUACUUUUGAUAAAGCAGGUGUUGGUAAAGAUAGUUUGUUUGGAUUUAGUAUUGCUAAAGCAAAGAAUAGUGGUAUUGCUGAAUCUUUGCAAAGUCAUACAAGUCGUUCAUGUUUCUUUUAUCAAACUGAACAAACAAAUAAUAUACCACAUGUGUAUUUUAUGAUGGAUCAUAAAUCAGAAAAACCUAAAAUAACGAUUAUAAGACGUUCAGCAGAUUUUGAACUUCUUGAUAUUGAUUAUGAAAUACAAUCAGACACAAUUCAAUCAAAUAUAAAUAAAACGUUAAAAUCAAAUGUUACAAUAACAUCACGUCAGAAUAUGGAAAAAAAUGAAACACUUAUAAGUGAAAUUCCUAUAAAACGAAUUGAUGGAACAUUACAUCGAUUUCGUUUUCAAGUAGAAAAU